AUGCGCAGCGCCAUCAAGCGCAUGGAGACGCUGACCGCGGAGAAGAGCCGCCACCAGGCGAAGGUGGCCAAGUACCAGGGUGCCGACCGGACCUCGACUAAUCUGAUUAAACUGAACGACCACCAGAGCCGGCUGGCGCAGACCACCAGCGACCUGAACACGCUGCGCGAGGUGCUCGAGCGGGAGUUGCCGCUCUUUCUCCAGCGCCGCAUCGACUACAUGCAGCCGUCCCUGGCGGCCUACAUUAGCUCCGAAAUCCUCUACUCCGGCAGCAAUUUGAACGCCUGCGCCGAGCUGAACGCCCUCUCCGAUCNAGCAGAACGGGCCGAGCGGCAGCGGCAACUCCUCGACUCCAUUGACGGCCUCUCCAUUGUCGCCUCAUAA